AUGGCCUUCUUCUCCCAGCUAGAUCUUCAGGAGAUCCUCGAAAUCCUCUCUGUUUUUCAGUGGAUCCCAGUCUACAUAAUUUUAGGACUUAUUCCUGUUUUCUUUAUACCCUACUUUCUGGUGUACACUAAGUUCUGGGCCUUGUCUGUGCUCGCCUUAACCUGGCUCGCCUAUGAUUGGAACACCCACAGUCAAGGUGGUAGGCGUUCAGCUUGGGUACGAAAUUGGACUCUCUGGAAGUAUUUCGGGAAUUACUUCCCAGUAAAGCUGGUGAAGACUCAUGAACUCUCUCCCAAAAACAACUAUAUCAUUGCCAACCACCCGCAUGGCAUUGUCUCUUAUGGUGUCUUCAUCAACUUUGCCACUGAGGCCACUGGCUUUGCUCAGAUUUUCCCGGGCAUCACUCCUUCUGUAGGGACCUUGGAAGGGAUUUUCUGGCUCCCAAUUGUGCGAGACUACGUAAUGUCACUGGGUGUGUGCCCUGUGAGUGAGUUGGCCUUGAAGUAUUUGCUGACCCAGAAAGGCUCAGGCAAUGCCGUGAUUGUUGUGGUGGGUGGAGCUGCCGAAGCCCUCUUGUGCCGUCCAGGAGCGUCUACUAUCUUACUUGAACAACGGAAAGGUUUUGUGAAGUUGGCACUGGAGACAGGAGCAUACCUUGUCCCUUCCUAUACCUUUGGAGAGAAUGAGGUUUACAAUCAAGAGAUCUUCCCUGAGGGCACGUGGAUAAGGUUCAUCCAAAAGUCCUUCCAGAGCACAUUAAAAAAAAUCAUAGGACUAAAUUUCUGCAUCUUCCAUGGCCGGGGCUUCACUCAAGAAUCCUGGGGCUUACUGCCUUUCAACCUGCCCAUUACCACUGUUGUUGGGGAGCCCCUGCCAGUCCCCAGGAUUCAGAAGCCAAACAAGAAGAUAGUGGACAAGUACCACACACUCUACAUCAGUGCCCUGCGCAAGCUGUUUGACCAGUACAAAGUUCAGUAUGGCCUUCCUGAGACCCAGGAGCUGACAAUCAUAUAACAGGAGCUGACAAUCAUAUAACAGGAGCUGGAUUCCCUUAUUAACCCCCCAAAGCACUGAGGGAUCCAAGUAAGGCCACAUGGCAUGAAGACUAUGGGGAGGGGGAGGAUCUCAGGGAUGGGUGAGGAGGCCAAGCAAGCCACAAAGUACUUCAAGAGGGAAUGAACCAGAGGAGCAGGGUAACAUUGGGCAACAACCCAGUUUCACAAGAAGCGUCUUGUGAGUUCACAGAUCUUUUUUGCCCUCUGAAUCCAGCCAAUUCUCUGAUAAGAGAAAUGAGAAGACAAAUAACACCGUGCUCCUUCCUUCUGAGCCUUAGUGAUGCCAUCACUAUAUAGGUUUAAGCAUAAAAGCCUUGUUGAGAACAGGGGUGGUUGUUUCCUCCUAGGCCCUUCCUUACAAUUUGGGGGCCACCACAAGAUAAACCUGGGACUGGA